AUGACGACGUCUGAACAUAUUCGACUGCUCUCUAUUGAUGGAGGAGGUCUUCGGGGAUUGUCAGCUGUCAUGGUUCUCAAACACAUCAUGGCGAAAAUAAACCAUGAUCGGGCAGACAAACUACAGCCGUACGAGGUUUUCGAUCUCAUUGGUGGUACUGGAGUGGGUGGACUUGUUGCCUUGAUGCUCGGUCGCCUCCAUAUGCCAUUGGACAAAGUGGAAGAGGCAUACACAGAUCUUUUGGGCAAGAUCUUCCACAGCUCCGAGGUUGUACGGAAGCUGAGUGACCAUAUGAGUCGGGACCUUGACACUUCAUAUGAAGUUGCUCAGGAGGUUCAAGCACUAAGCAAAGUUGAAGCGGAAUUUCGAACAGAUCCCGUAAAAGUGUGGCUGAAGGACUUGUUCCAGAGAAUGAGAUGGAACCGUGAUAGUGAGACGGAGCUGCUCAAAGACCCUGACCUUGAAGUCCCGUGCAAGACGAACGCCGAAUAUCAACAACUAGAGUUCCGUGAACUGAAGAUGUGGGAAGCCGCAUGCGCGACAGUUGCAGCUGGCCCUGGCUUCGUCCCCUUCUGCGAUGAAGAAGACAAACACUUGCCCCGUCACAACUACACAAAGGUACCUCUGCAAUGGAACAACCCAAUCAACCUCCUGUUUUGCGAAGCCCAGGAGCUUUGGAAGGACAGGAAGUUCUUAAUACUUAGCAUCGGUACUGGAGCUGCUCCAAAAAGGGAAGACUGA